AUGGCGCUUAGUAUACGUUUAACUGGAUCUGUUCUGCUUCUAGUAAUGGUAUCCGUUAAAGGAAGUUCUGACAGAGGCAGAGGAUACUUGUGGCUAAAUGAGGGAAAACGUUUGCAAUCUAAAUGUGACAACAGAGACGAUUUUAUUAUUGGAUUCUACAAGAGUGAUUUACAAAGUUGGAAUGAUACAUAUUUAAUGCAUACAGAACAUGCUGAAUAUUUUAGCCGAAUAUCACCAUGGGACCACACCAAGUCUCAAGUCGUAUAUGUUGGUUGGCCAAACGCCUUAGGUCGAGAAAAUUCAUGGGUUGUCUGCCCAUCUGGUUACUUUUUGAAUGGUUUAUAUAAGAUAGAAAAAAGUAAAGAUCCAUUAAACAAUAUAGAGAAAGGACGAUGUGUCAAGCCAGCAGAUUUCCCUACAGACUAUGAACAUCGUUACGACAUUGACACUUCCAGCUGUUUUGAUCAGACAGACCUGUGUGUAUGUAACACGGGUUAUUAUGUUACAGGAUUGUAUCAAAGCUCAUGUGAUGGAAUCUUCUGUGUCAAACAGUUUCGAUGUUCUAAAUUAGCAUCAGCACCUGAACAGCUUAAUGAACUUUAUAAAGUAAAAUCUCGCAUCAUGGAUUUAACAAUGUCAGACACGGCUAAAUUGGCUAAUAAACUUGGUUAUGCUUGGUGCGGAGGUUGUAGAUCGGAGGCGGUAGGAGAAGAUUUUAGGAGAGAAGGCGACACGUGGGUCGCCGAUAAAAGUGGUCGCUGUGAAGGUUACAUGAGCGAUAAUCGUUUAAGAAUGGUGUAUGAUGAUUGGAGCUUUGAGAUUAAGGAAAUCGCAUAUGGAACGCCUGUUGUUCAAGACUUAAUAAUGGAAACAAUAAACACUGGUGCAGUGCAUAAUAACCAAAACACGGCUGACACACGCACUGUAACCAAUUCUGUGAUUAAUUCUCGAAGAGUCACACACACUACAACUAGUUACUGGAAGAAUAGUAAAGAGCUGAACGUUCAAAUUGAAUACAAGCCAUUCAAUAUUGGAGGGACUGUCUCCUACAAGUUUAACUAUGAGACAAGCACAAUUACGGCAAACGAAACAAACACGGAAAACACUUAUAUACUACAGGACACAACUUCCAAAGUUUUAGAACCGUUUACUGCUGCUAAUUGGAGAUUUGUGCUUUCGAAUACAAAAACCUCUGUAAACUACACUGCUACUAUAAUUCCAAAGUUUUCUAUAGAACUUCAAGGUUUUCUACGUUGGGGCGGGCGAGCAGAAAAUGCACAUACAAAUUACCAUCAUCAGCAUCGCGGUAGUGAAGCUCGUCCAACUUUGAGCUACAAAUUUGGAGAUCCUGAUGUACCUUUCUACAAAGCACUGAAGCGUCUGAGCAGGGACGACUCACUACCUUGGCUAUGGAAUGAUCUAGCAAACGCAUACCCUGACUUGGACGAUUUAAUUACUCGUUUAUCCAAUGAAAGUCAAUACAAAUUCACUAUUACUGGCAGGUUUGAUGAUGUAAAAGGCAAGAAUGCUGUUUUUAAUUGGGACGCUGCUACAGUGCGGAAGAGAUCGAUCGAUAUUAGAGACAAAAAUUCUAACAAGAUAGCUGAUAACGCUACGAUCUUUUCCAAUGAUUCGUUGAACGACGUUCCUUUGUCUUAA